CCACCUCGCGCGCGGCAACGUCGAGGGGCACCAGGCGCCUGGACAGGGACUCGCAGUACCUGAUCGGGUCCCAUAUCCAAGGUCGUCACCGGCGCCGUCGUCAUCCGGAGCGGCCUGCACGCCGACGACCCCGUCACAAAGUACCUGCCCCAGCUGAGCAGCCCUUCCUCGCCCAUCUCGUGGGGUAACAUCACGCUCGGGCACCUCGGGUCCCAGCUCUCUGGUAUUCCGCCCAACUUUGGCUUCUCCGAGUUCUACUUCUUGCAGUCCUAUUUCCAGUCCCUGGGCUUUCCUCCCAUCAACGACACCGACUUCCCUCCUUGUGGCGUCAUUGGCCUGAACCAAGGCUGCUCCAAAGAACAGCUCCUAAAGGCCAUGCUCACGUUGCGUCCUGUCGCCGAGCCCAUGGCCAAGCCGGUCUACUCGAACAUUGCCUUCACCAUUCUGGCGUACGCCGUCGAGGCAGCGACGGGCAUGAACUACACGCAGCAGCUCGCCCACUUCCUCACCGGGCCCUUCAACAUGACGAACACAUUUCCCAGCCCGGGUAACGACUCUCUGGCUGUGAUUCCACCAAUGGAGAACACGUGGGGCUCUCCCUACGGCGACAGCACACCCGGAGGCGGCCUCGUCUCGACCACCUCGGACCUCUCCGCCUUCGCACACGCCAUCCUCACCGGGACGGUCCUCCAGACGCGCACGCGCGUGCGCGAGUGGCUGCAGCCGGCCGCCUUCGCCGGCUCGGGCGGCAGCCUGGUCGGGACGCCGUGGGAGGUGUACGUGCCGGCCAUAGGUCAGCUGACGCCGCGGCGGCCGCGGUCCGUGCCCGUCUACGCCAAGGGCGGCGCCGCCUACGGCUACAGCUCGCGCCUGGCCGUCGUGCCCGAGCUCGGCGUCGGCCUGGUGGUGCUGACCGCCGGCGCCGGCGACGGCCUGUCCUACAUCUGGGACGCCGCCCUCUCGGUCCUGGCCCCGGCCGUCGACGACGCCGCGCACGACGAGGCCGCCCGCCUCGGCCACGUCGGUCGGUUCGCCUCGCCGCCCUCGGGUGCUGCUGCCGGUGCUGCCGCCUCCGCCGCCAUAGCCUGGCACGACGACGGCUCGCUGCGCCUCGCAGCGCUGGCCCGCAACGGCUCCGACGUGCUGGCCGCCCUCCCGCAGAUCUGGUCCGCGACGCUGGGUGCCUUCAUACCCGGGUCGGGCUCCAACAACGACACCGUGGCCUCGUACCGCAUCUUCCCCGCAGGCGUGUCCGUCCCCGGCACCGUCGACCUCCCACCGCUGUCCCCCGGCGGCGGCGGCGGCGGCGGCCAGAGGGCCGUCGUGCGGGAGGACUGGAGAAUCUGGUGGGAGACGGCUAUCCCGCGCAACUCGGGCCUGCCGGGCGCCGGCCUCUCGGAGCACGACUGCCUGCUUUGGACCUUUGCCGACUGGCUACACUACGGAGGCGAGGCCGUCGAGAGGAUUGUCUUUGUCAAGGACCGCGCCACCGGUGAGGUUCUCGGCGUCGAGGUCCCCUUUCUCAGGACUGGCUUGCUGCAGCCAGUUGCAGCUGCCGAGUGAGCUGGAGUCACUGAUCUUGGGUAGACACGAUAUGUGUGCGCAGCGGUUGGCAAACCACAUGUUGUCUUGUGCUCACUUCCCAUAGAAACUCGUAUACUAUCUAUCCAGAAACAGACGGUCUAGUAAUACGUGUUUGUAGUAACCACCAGUACUAAAAGCUUUCGUGCGCAAUGACAAAAAGCUCACCCUCC